AUGUCGGUGCCGCUGCUCAAGAUCGGGGCCGUGCUGAGCACCAUGGCCAUGGUCACCAACUGGAUGUCGCAGACGCUGCCCUCGCUCGUAGGGCUCAACGGCACCGUGUCCCGCGCGGGCGCCUCCGAGAAAAUCACCCUCUUCCAGAGCCCGGAAGAGGGCUGGCAGCUGUACACCUCGGCCCAGGCGCCCGAUGGCAAAUGCAUCUGCACGGCCGUGAUUCCCGCACAGAGCACCUGCUCCCGCGACGGCAGGAGCCGGGAACUGCGGCAGCUGAUGGAGAAGGUCCAGAACAUGUCGCAGUCCAUGGAGGUCCUUGAGCUGCGGACGUUCCGUGACCUCCAGUACGUGCGCAGCAUGGAAAGCCUCAUGCGCAGUCUGGACGCCAGGCUCCGGGCGGCCGACGGGUCGCUGUCGGCCAAGAGCUUCCAGGAGCUGAAGGACAGGAUGACGGAGCUGCUGCCCCUGAGCUCGGUCCUGGAGCAGUACAAAGCGGACACUCGGACCAUCGUGCGGCUGCGGGAGGAGGUGAGGAACCUGUCGAGCAGUCUGGCCGCCAUCCAGGAGGAGAUGGGCGCCUACGGGUACGAGGACCUGCAGCAGCGCGUGAUGGCCCUGGAGGCCCGGCUCCACGCCUGCGCCCAGAAGUUGGGCUGUGGGAAGCUGACUGGGGUCAGUAACCCCAUCACCAUUCGGGCCAUGGGGUCCCGCUUCGGCUCCUGGAUGACAGACACGAUGGCCCCCAGUGCAGACAGCCGGGUGUGGUACAUGGAUGGCUAUUACAAGGGCCGGCGGGUCCUGGAGUUCCGCACUCUGGGCGACUUCAUCAAAGGCCAGAACUUUAUCCAGCACCUGCUGCCGCAGCCGUGGGCGGGCACGGGCCACGUGGUGUACAACGGCUCGCUCUUCUACAACAAGUACCAGAGCAACGUAGUGGUCAAGUACCACUUCCGCUCGCGCUCGGUGCUGGUGCAGAGGAGCCUGCCCGGGGCGGGCUACAACAACACCUUCCCCUACUCCUGGGGCGGCUUCUCGGACAUGGACUUCAUGGUGGACGAGAGCGGGCUCUGGGCGGUCUACACCACCAACCAGAACGCGGGCAACAUCGUGGUCAGCCGGCUGGACCCGCACACCCUGGAGGUCAUGAGGUCCUGGGACACCGGCUACCCCAAGCGCAGUGCGGGGGAGGCCUUCAUGAUCUGUGGCGUGCUCUACGUGACCAACUCCCACCUGGCCGGGGCCAAGGUCUACUUCGCCUACUUCACCAACACGUCCAGCUACGAGUACACCGACGUGCCCUUCCACAACCAGUACUCCCACAUCUCCAUGCUGGAUUACAACCCCCGGGAGCGUGCCCUGUACACCUGGAACAACGGCCACCAGGUGUUGUACAACGUCACACUCUUCCACGUUAUCAGCACCGCCGGGGACCCCUAG